AUGAUUACGGGUUCACAUAAUAGUAGUAAAGUGAACUCCUCAAGUUUGAGAAAAAGUGAUAAUGACCAGGAUUUAGGCAGUUUGCAAAAAAACUAAAGAUAUAACGCUCCACAUAAUGAUGCUCAUGAAAUACUUAAUGAUGAAGAAUACAACUUAAGUCCUCAUGAUUUCUAAUAAGAUUAAGAGGAUCAGGAUGAGUACGAUAUUGAAGAGAUGAUUAACACAAACAGCCUAUCAAACAAAAGGAGGAAAAAAUUGAACAUUGAUCAGUAAAAACUUAAUGAUAGUCCUAAUAAGGCUGAGAGUAGUCUAUUCUCAUCAGGUCAAAAAGGUAAAAUCCCUAUAAUAAGCCAUAAAAAUGCAGUAAUGUCCAAGACUUACUAGACUAAUAAAUUAUCAGAUUAAAACAGCAUUAAUCCUCAAGGUAUAAAUCGAAAUUAUUUUAAUAUCAGCAACACUCAAAAUAAUCCAUCGAAAUAAAAAGAUAGGCAGUAUAGUCCAUCUAUAGGUACCAAGCUAACUACAAUGGAGAAAUAGUACAAACCCUAUUACAUUAAUUCAACUUAUAAUACUAGGACUUUGUCAAAACAGCAUAAAAGGAAGAAUAAUGUCAAUUCAACUCAAGUUUACGAAGAUUAACAAUCUGGGAAGAUAUUAAUUCAAAGUAAAGUAGUUAGAUUUACAGAGAACGGAGUCUCAAAAACAAGCACUAAUAGGCAUGUUUCCACUUCACAUAACAACAAGGCAAAGCAGCUUGAUACUAUAUAAAAUUAUCCAGUACCUGUGGGCCAGUAAAGCAUACCUAAUAAAAAUGCUGAACAGGCAGUAAACUUAUUGCCUGCCUUUGAUAUCAAGCUACAGAGAGAUGCUUCUGCUCCAAAGCAAAUAAGUGUAACUGCUGCGAUUCCUUAAAAAAGAAUAAGGCUAUUCAAUAAAGUUGUAAUGGACUUCCAGGACAAAUACUAUAGAAAGAAGAUUAUUCCUAACAAAAUAUUAUCGUCAUAGGAGCAGUUAUACGAUGAGAACAUCUAAUUAAAGUAUAAAAUUAACUAGUAAGAUUAGUUCAUAGUGCUUCAGAAGACCUAAAAUAAAUUACUUAAUAAUGAACUAGAGAAGUAGCAGCAUCUUCUGAAAUAGAUUGUUGGUGCUUCCUUGAGACAAGAUAAUGCAGAUGGGAGUAAAGGGCACAAUUAGUAGAAUGAGAUUCUUAUCUAAAAUCUCAAAAGAGAAUUAGAUCUUGCUUUGAAAGCUUUAGCGCAUAAAGAAAAUGAUAUAAAAAUUCUAUAAAAGUCCAGUAAAGUAACUAAAUUCAAAGAAAUUGAUGAAGAGAGAAAGAUGUACAUCCAGGAGAGCUUCAGACUUCAUAAGAUAGUUCGAGAAUUGAUAACUAAAGGCAAUGCAACAAUUAACAUCAAUUCUAAAAGAGAUAACAGCAUUGGAAAUGAAAAGGAUGUUAAUCCUUACAUUCAAAAUAAUUAGCUUUAAUAAGAGUUUAUGGUUAGAAUUUAGUAGUAUUCAAGUAUAAUUAACUAGCAAUAGAAUGACGUCCAAGCCUUAAGCAGAAUCAAUCAUAACUUAUCUUAAGAGAAUAAUGAUUUGAAGACUCAAGAUAACUAGAGCUAAGAUCUAAUCAGGUAGCUUACUCAAUAGAUCUAGGAACUAUAGCAUCAGAAACAUUAGGCAGAGUUACUAUUUUUGAGCUAGCAACAGCAGCUAGAGGAAAAAGAGAGAGAAUAGCAAAUGAAUAAACACAAUUCUAAAUAAAACAGCGUUAGCGAGAAGUCAAUCAAGUAGCAGAGUUUGAUCUAAACUCUCAAUGAAAAUCAUCAGAGAGAAAUUGAGAGAUUGCAUGAUUUGGUGAAGUAAAAGGACAUUGAAAUAACAGGAAAUAAGCAAGAAUAGAUUGAGAACCAGAGAUAUUUCGAUAAUAAGUUACUUUUAUUAGAGCAGUAAUUGUAGCAGAUUCAAGACAUCAACAGAAAUUAAGCUACUAGAAUAAUCGAAUUGGAAACUUAAAUCUUUGGUCUGAAUGCAACUAUUGAAUAGAUGAAUAUUGACAGAGAAGUUCAGAAGUCAAUGGCCAGAUCAAUAUCAGAAUAGCAUUCAAUUAAAGACAAGAACAAGACAUAGUCAAUUAUGAAAUAAACCUAAGAUAUAGAAGACCAUUAUCAAAAUGAGUUUAGCAAUGACCCUGAAAAUCAGCAAGACAUCUAAGAUGAUUAUUAAGAUGAUCAGAUUGCAAACGAUCACUAAUUUUAAAAUGAAGAUGAUGAUGCAGACAAAAUCAAUGACAAUUAUGAAGAUGAUGAAGAUAUCUUUGAUAUAGAUUAUUAGAAAUAGCGGUAAUCAUCUUCAAUUGUAGAACCUUUAGAAGACACAAUUGUCAAGCAUGAUUAUCAAAAGUAAGAGAACCAAAUCAUUUAAAAUAAUUCCAGAAUCUAAAUGACUAAUGACGAAUUACAUGAUCCAGAUGAGAUUGAUAGUAAAAUUAUAGAUAAUUAUGGCACAUUAAACAAUACUUAGCAAACCUUGCCUAAGGUCCAUGAUCAAAUACCACUAGAGAAAAAUGAUACUAUUCUUCUUUUAGAGGAAUACAAGUUAAAAAUUGAGGAAUUAAAUUCAAUCCUUAAUUAAAGAUAAAAAGACAUCAAUGAAUAUAAUAACAAGCAUGAUGACUAAUUAAAUUAAAUAACCCAUUAGUAGAGCUUAAUUGAUGACUUAUAAGAAAAGAUCAUUAACUUAGAAUGUUAAAUUGAAGAAUUAAAGAUCUCAGAGGAAAAAGAGAGAACUUAGAAAGUUGAGUUGAAUAAUAAGCUAGCUGACGUAAGUAGCUAGAUGAUGAAUCAGCUUAGAGAAGACAUGAGCAUUCAGCAUAAUAGAGAGAUCAAGGAAAAGGAAAUGAUAAUUAAGGAGUUACAGUUGUAGUCUGAUGAAUCAAGGAGAGACCUUGAGUCUCAAGUCAGAGAUCUGUUAUAGGAUAACUAAAUUAAAGAAGAAUAGCUAAUUAAUUCAAUUAACUCGGAGAUAGAUAUAGUUAAAGCAAAGCUUACCAGAUGCUUCUAAAUCCUACAGAUUAAAGAUUAGAAAAAAUUGGACAAAAUUUUAAACAUCAACAGUGAAAAUUCAGAAUAACCCAGUAUAAGUGAAAUUUUAAAAGCAAGAUUUGAUCUUGCUCAAAGAGAGCUCGAUGUUUUGUCAGAGAAUAUUUUGCAGGUAGAGGAAUUAGACAGUUUAGAUUUAAAUGAAAUCAGUCAGUUGAUGUACUCAAUUUUUACAAGAGAAAUAUUAGUUUACUAGGAUGAAGAGAGGCAGGAGGCUUUCAAUCAUCUUUACCAAUAAAUUGACAAAGACAAUAUAGAUAUUGAAUCAUUCCUGACAAGGUAUAACAUCAAAACAGCCAUACAUUAAUCGUAGCUACGAAAAGUACUAGAGCAAUACAUUGAAAGUGAUAAAAUGAUAAAUCUUGUGAUUGAUCAUUUGCUUAACCAAAGCCAUAAUUACAGCUAUGCAAGUGCUGAUGUUUUCGAAAGAUGUCUAAACAAGUAACUCUAUAAACUGCAAACUUAAAGGAGCUUGAGGAAGAAUAAGUCUGAAAAUACAAUUAAUAAUACUUAUAGAGACAAUAACAGGAGCAAAACUUACAAGAGUAUAGAACAUCAGGAAAUUAAAGAAGCAAUCUUGGAGGAGGAGUACAAGAAUGCUGGAGAUAAACUUAAGCUUGCUUUAGAAGAACUUUAAGGUAAUUCAGAUGAUAAUAAUCUGUCGCUGAAUGAGGAUCUUCUCUAGUUGAAUAUGGGUGGAGCACUCUUUUCUGAGAGAAGUAGUGUAUCUGGAAUGUCGAUGACUGUGAUCCAGCCUAGUUAAUAAAAAUAGCCAGUCAAGUAUUUGAAGAAUGUGCAAUUACAGUUGAUAGCAUAAGCUUUGAAUUCCAAGUUCAUCAAUCUAAGGCAACAUAUAAAGUUUUAUCAAACCCCUAGACUAAUGGAAUUUGGAGGGAGAGAGGUAGAAGUUAUUAAAUUCGAUGAUUUAAUACAGCUUUUAAACAAAAUUAAGGUAUUAAGUUAUGAAGAAGAAGAUGAAGAUGAAAAUCAGAAUUAAGAGAUGAUUAAGGAAAUGUUAACAUAGAUAGAAGCAUACUUUGAGAUUGAAAUACUGGGCCAAAAAGUAGUAGCUGUUGAAAGAUUAAUGAGUGGACUUAAAGCCUUUGGCUACCUGGAUCUUUAAAGGCCUAAGUCUAAAAGAGGAUUUAAUUUCGAUAACCUUGAUAUUAAAUCAAUUAGAAUUCUUAAUAGGAUUACUAAUCAUUGCUACAUUGAGGUUCAAAAGUUUAUCAAACAAUUUAAUAUCUUGGUGGGUUAGCUAACUAAAGCCUAGGUUCAUUAAAUCUAUGAGAAGAUUAUGGAAUAAAUCGUCUUUAAAGAAUGUUUAUAAAAAGUACUGAUUAAGACAAAAAAUAAGGAGGAAAAGUGCUAUUUAGUCUAGAAACCAAAAUUCUAUGCAAAGUUAAAGCAGCUAGGAAUUAAGAAUAGUGAAAUUGAGUAUGAAAAUUUGAAUCAGUUCCUUUGGCUUGACUCCCAGUACCCAGAUUUAAUUCUGUUCAAGAAACUUAUCAAAGCAGUAGAACUAGUCUAAAUAAAUAGUUAUUGUGCUUCUAUUGGCACAAAGAGAAUAAUUUUAGAGGAUGCAACAAUUGUGGUUAAAUAAAAAACAACUAAUAAAAGUAAUAGUCUCAGGCAAUCCCUAGAAUAAGCUCAAAAUUCCAAAUAAAUUCAAAAUCCAAUUGCAGAGGAAGAGAAGGAAGAGGAUGGAGAAUCUUAUUAUGAUGAGGAAGAUGAUGCUAAAUCUGAGAAAAAAUAAAAUGAUGAGUCUGACUACUUUUGA